UAUGUCCUAUAAUGGUGGGGCCGUCAUGGCCAUGAAGGGGAAAAAUUGCGUUGCUAUUGCAGCUGAUCGGCGAUUUGGCAUUCAAGCUCAGAUGGUGACCACGGACUUCCAGAAAAUGUUCCCAAUGGGAGACAGACUAUUUAUUGGCUUGGCUGGACUUGCCACAGAUGUUCAGACAGUCGCCCAGAGGCUCAAGUUCCGCCUGAAUCUCUACGAACUGAAGGAGGGCCGGCAAAUCAAGCCCCAGACCCUGAUGAGCAUGGUGUCCAACCUCCUGUAUGAGAGGCGGUAG